AUGGAAACUCGGGAGGUUUUAAUGUGGAAGGAAGCUAGAUUUCACGGGAAAACCUCAUGUGGUCGUGCAGCUUCCGGAUACAAUUGGGAAUGCAGCCGCUGUAAAUGUGUAAAUGGUGGGCGUGACGACAAGUGUAACGAAUGUGGCCUACACAGAUUUGGCGACAGGCGCAAUCAACCCCGGAAGUCUUCAUGUGGUCGGCGGGGCGGCAGUGGUGUGAAGUAUGACUGGGACAGCGUGUCCCAGAGGCAGACAUCUACAACGGAAUUUGAUGAUCCUUCAGAAAGGAAAUGCGUAGCACGUAGAAGACAUGACCAGGUCUGCCCCCCAGGGCCAACACGGACGGACAGGAACACGUGUCAAAGAUCCCUUUCACCAACUGACAGAAAGUAUCAGACUCCAGCUUCUGGCAGAACACGUGACAAGCCUUUAACACACGACUCCGUCUACAACAUGCGAAGAGGUUCGGAAGACUCCAUAAGAUCCCGUGAUUCUGAGACACUCUCUCGGUCAUCAAGAUCAUCGAAUGACUCGCCUCCAGGUCCAGGAAACCCUUCCUACCCAAGAUCAGGAAACCCUUCCUACCCAAGAUCAGGAAACCCUCCCUACCCAAGAUCAGGAAACCCUUCCUACCCAAGAUCAGGAAGCCCUCCCUACCCAAGAUCAGGAAACCCUUCCUACCCAAGAUCAGGAAGCCCUCCCUACCCAAGAUCAGGAAACCCUUCCUACCCAAGAUCAGGAAGCCCUCCCUACCCAAGAUCAGGAAACCCUUCCUACCCAAGAUCAGGAAGCCCUCCCUACCCAAGAUCAGGAAACCCUCCCUACCCAAGAUCAGGAAGCCCUUCCUACCCAAGAUCAGGAAACCCUUCCUACCCAAGAUCAGGAAACGGCCGAAAACCGGUUUGGGAUGACUGUGUGGACAGUAACGAGCGACGACUGGUUCUGCUGGGAAAGACUGGGUGCGGGAAAAGUGCUACCGGUAACACUAUUUUGAGUGGCGACUUUUUUCGUUCAAAAGUCUCUGGGGUAUCCGUCACACGAUCUUGUCGUCGAGGCGUGACCCAGAGGAAUGGUAGGGAGAUUCACGUGGUUGACACACCAGGCGUGUUUGACACUGACGUUGAUAACGAAACAACGACCCAAGAAAUCGUCAAGUGUAUCGGGAUGACGGCACCGGGCCCCCACGCUUUUAUUGUAGUCGUCAGCGUCGGACGCUUCACGGCGGAGGAGCGAGACUCGGUGGAACAUUUUAUCAACCAUUUUGGCAAAUCGGUCCAGAAAUAUAUGAUAGUUUUGUUUACAAGAAUGGAUGCUCUUCAUGAUGAGAACCUAACGCUAGAUGACCAUCUGAAAGGAAUCCCUUCUUCACUGGCCAGCGUCCUAGAGCGAUGUGGUGGGCGAUGUAUCGGAUUUAACAACAAAGGGAACGAACGAGAGACGUCACGCCAAGUUGACGAACUGAUGGAAAUGGUAGAAGUUCUUUUUAAGACCAACCAUGGUCGCUUCUACACAAACAACAUGUACAUGGAGGCAGAAAAUGUGAUCCGAAUAAGAGAAGCGGAACUAAGGAGCGUGGCGGUCGAGCAGAAACAUCGCGACAUGGAGGAAAUCAAGGGCGACAACGAAACCCGCUACAAAAGGCUGAUUGAGAAAUACGAAAACGAGCAGCGGGAGUUGGAGAAAACACUUCUUGAGGCUGAAUCUAAAAACCACUCCGACGGUCCAGACGGGCGAAUACGAGCAGACGAAAUUGGUACAGAAAUCCAUGCCAUUCGUACUCGGAUAGAUCAGGACAGACGCGCCGGUCGUAAGGUCAACCCACGACUAGAAGACAAGUUAUCGUCCCUGGAGAAGGAACGUAAUAGCAUCGUCCGCAUGCAAGAUAAUGUUGUCAAGAUGCGAUCAGACAUAAAAUCACUACGCGAACAGGUAGAGAGUAUGAAAAGGAAGGUGUUGAGUACGAAACGAGAACAGAAUGACGAUAAAGAAAGACGACUGCGGGAACUCGAGAAAAAGUACGCUGCCACCGAGAACGUGACGAGGGAAAUAGUACGUAAAGAAGUGGAAAAGGGAGAGACAAACUUCGGCGAUCAGCUGCUCGCCACAGUGAUUGGUAUAGGCAAGGCUGUCUGGAAAGGCCUAACUAAAUUCUUCUAGACUUUUUAAACCCUCAAAGAACCGAGAUAGGUCCCACCGACAAGUCAGGUCCCAUUAUACUGGGCAAGUCAUAUAAACCCCUUCUAGACAGAUCACAAAAAUCUUAUCACGUCAGAUUACACCAAACUCUUCUACAUAUAUCACACAUACCUUGUUUUUUAGCCUGGUGCCACAUAAACCCAUUUUAGAUACAUUCCACUAAAUAUUUUGACAGAUCACACAAACCUUAUUAAAUCAGACAUCACACAAUACUUUUCAGAGAGAUCACAAAACGAUACUAAUUCAAAUACCACCAUGCAAACUGUUGUGGACAAAUUUCACAAACCCCAUAAAUUCAGAUCAUAUGAAAAUUAAUUAAAGCCUAGCUAG